AUGGCCAUAGAUCUAAAUUGUCUUAGUAUUCAUCCUUCAUUACCAACAAUACCAAGAAUUGUUAAUAAUUUGAAUACAAUUGUUCAUCCAACUUAUAAACCAAAUAGUGGUAGUAUAUAUCAAAUGAUAUCAGCUGCAAUGGCACGUUCAACAUUUUCUAUAAAUGAUGUUCGAUCUUUAUUAAAAAAAUUAUUUAAUAAAGAUUUUAAUUCAUGGAAUUUUUCUGAAAUAAUAAAAACAAAACCAAUACCAUCGGUUAUUAUUUAUACCAGUAUAGCUCUUGUUUUAUUUUUAAUCUUUUCAAUUAUGUUUUGUAUUAUUUCAUGUUGUCAUUUUAAAAAAUAUCAAAGAAAAAAAAGACAACAAUCAAAAAUGCCAUAUAUUUCUCUAUGUUUAUUAAUAAUUAUUUAUUUACUUGGAAUUGGUGAUAUGAUUUAUGUUGCUUAUCGAAUAAAUCAAACGGAACAUUCUAUUGAUAAUACAAUUAAAGAAAUUAAUCGAGAUAUUUAUCCAAAAGAAAUAUCUGAACAUAUUAAAUAUUUAAAUAAACAACUCAAAAAUCUUGAUCAGUAUUUUAUACAAACAAAUUCAAUUUUAAUUAAUGCAUCAAAAUCAAUGUUAGUCAAUGCAUUUGAUAGAAUAUUAAAAGAAAAAUAUUUUCUUCAAGAUAUUAUUCAAUCUAUAAAUAAUAUUGAUAAAUAUAUUCAAGAAUUACAAGAUAUAAUAAAUAAAGAAUCAAUAUUAUCUCCGUUAGUUAUACAAAUAUUUCAAGAAAUUCAAGAACAAUAUCAAAAUACAAUUGAUUAUUUACAAAUACCAUUAAAAGAAAUUUGUAAUUAUGCUAAUGGAACACAAACAAAUAUUGAUAUGAAAUUAUUAAAUGUAUUAAAUCUUGUUCAUGAAAAAUUAUUAAAAGCAAUUAAUUCAAUUAAUAAUGAUAUUCUAAGUCAAAUAACACCAUGGCAAAAUUAUAUGUUAAUAAAUAUAGAACUUGAAGAACGAAUUCGAAGAUAUAUUAGUCUUGUUGGAAUUAUUUUUCUCGUAUUAGUAAUAGUUCUCGUAACAGCACUGUUUUUUUUCAGUACAAAUCAUCAUCGACAACGAAAUAAAGUGGAAAGAAUGAGUUCAAAUAAUGGUUCAUCUGGUAUAUUACUUUGUUUGAUACAUAUUGCAUUUGUUAUUAUGAUUAUUAUACUUGUUAUUAUGGUUCUGCUAACUGGUGUUUAUUAUGCUCUUGAUCUUGUUGUCCAAGGUGCUUGUCGAACAGUUCAUGAUGAUCAACCUUUUCUGAUUAAUUUCAUUAUCGAUAGAUUAAUAAAAUCGAAUAUUAUGCCGUAUUAUAGUUCUGAAAUCAAUAGAACAGUAACUGAUGUAAUUAGUGAUUGUCGUAAUCAUAUACAUUUUAGUAAGAAAAUUUUUGAAAAUUAUUGGUCUGUGUUAGAUGGUAAUGUUGAGAAUAUGAUGAAUACAUUAAGUGAACAAAUAUUUAAUCAAUUUAUUAAAUCUAUUGGACAAAUUAAUAUUCCGUUAGAUAUUAAUUUAAUCAUACAAUUAAUUAAUCAAGCAAAUCGAUCAGAUGUUUCAGUUAUAGCUAAAGAAAUUAAUAAAAAUUUAAUUACAAUGAACAAUUUAUUUAAAAAUAUCAGUAAUUCAAAUUCAAUAUUAUCACCGAAUCUUAUACAAUCGGCUAUUAGUCAGUUUGAAAAUUAUGUAAAGCAAGUACUUGAAUCAACUCUUGAUGGAUGUCCUUUACCGUUAGCUACGAUUUAUAAAACAGAUACAUUAGUGUGUCAUACAUUGGGUAGUUCAUUAAGUGGUCUGUGGUUGAGUGUUUUCUUCUUCAUGUUUAUCGUUAUAAUUGGUUUUUGUAUUUUUGGUAUUUAUGUCUAUAAACGAUUGAAUUAA